UUUUUUACUGCUUGGUUAGGUCACAGUUCCACUUCCCUUCUGCAGCAGAGAAAGGAAGAGAGGGGGAGCUAUGGAGCUUUCUCAACUUGGUUUCCUAGAAGAGUUGGUAGCUCCUAGAAGAGACUCAUGGAAUGCUUUGUCCACUGGAUUCUGUGAGCUAUUGUCUAAUGGCUGUUGUUGGAGUUUUGACACUUUUCUUGAGAACCCAACAUUUGGUGCAUUUUCAGCUCCAAGAUUUGAAAGCCCUUACAGCAGUGAAGUAUCAGCAGCAUACCCUUUUGCUGCUGAUGGGUUCACAAUGCCAUUGCCAGAGCUUGACCCUGGGAGUGAUGAGCCGCCACCACCACCACCACUUCCACCAUCAUUGGAGGAUGCAGAGAUUGGCUUUCAUGACAACAACAACAAGAAGAAGAACAACUUUGAAGAAACCAAGGUUGUGUGCAAAGUUGAGGAGAAAGACAGAGAGAUUCCACUCUUCAAGAUUGGCAUGUGUGAUGAUGGAGAGAGAAAACCCAAGUCCAAGAAGCUUGAAGGGCAGCCCUCAAAGAAUCUCAUGGCAGAAAGGAGGAGAAGAAAGCGUCUCAAUGAUCGUCUUUCCAUGCUUAGGUCAAUAGUCCCCAAGAUCAGCAAGAUGGAUAGGACCUCUAUUCUUGGGGAUACCAUAGACUACAUGAAAGAGCUUUUGGAAAGGAUUGGUAAGUUGCAAGAGGAAGAGGGUACAAGUCAGAUAAAUCUUUUGGGCAUUUCAAGGGAACAACUCAAGCCUAAUGAAGCAAUAUUUGAUGUUGAGAGGAGAGACCAGGACACCAGGAUCAGCAUCUGCUGUGCCACAAAGCCUGGAUUGCUACUAUCAACUGUGAAUACCUUAGAAGCAAUAGGCCUUGAGAUUCAGCAAUGUGUUGUAAGUAGCUUCAAUGACUUUUCAGUGGAAGCAUCUUGUUCUGAGGUAGCUGAACAGAGAGAUUGCAUUCAUCCUGAAGAGAUAAAACAAGCAUUAUUCAGAAAUGCAGGCUUUGGUGAGAAAUGUCUCUAGGGGAAAGAUGGAACAUAGCUAUAACAAUUUGCAGAUGGUGUAAAAGAAGCAACUUUCCUUCAUUAGUUUGUAAUCCAAGGAAUUAGGGAAGUAGAGGUUUUAAUGAGAUUCAGAAUAAGUUGGCUUUGGUUGAUGAUUUCUUUCUUAAAGCCUCUCACUGUGUUUUAACAUAUAUUGGGGGGGCUAUCCUUUAGUGCAUGCUGCAAUUUCAUCUUUUGAAAAAAGUGUAUUCUUUUUUAAGAAGUGAUCUAUAAUGAAGGAGAAUUAUUGCAAAGCCCUCAAUAUAGUGGAAUCAAAUUGAUUUUCCAUGGA